CAACAUGUUAAGUGUGCCCAUAACAUUUGAUAUGAUUGUCUUGACAGGGUUGUACUUGUAAUGGACGGGAGAAGCAGGACAGGCCAGGUGGUAGAUCUGAUCAACCUCGAGCAAAAUGGGCUCCACAACAUCAUGGCGAAUGAGCUCAAACCUGGGAUUUCCGAAAUGGUGCAUCACGUUCUCCUUCCUCCCGGUGAAGAAAUUAUCAAUGACGAUCACGUCGUCACCUCUCUUAAUCAGCUUAUCGACCAAAUGGCUGCCCACGAAUCCAGCUCCGCCUGUGACCACAAUCCGCAUCCUCCUCCUCCCAAUCCCUACAGGAACCCUGCCGAUCCCGGCGCCAUUCAUGCUACCUACCCUGAAAGGGGUAUAAGAAGAAACUGCUUCCCUUUCAGAGAUAUGAAAAGGGUGCGAUCUGGGCACCUUAGGAGUGGAGCUGAGAUGGGAAAGGCUCGGUUGUAUGAUGAAGAAAGUGGAGCCAAUGAGGAUACCAACGAGGAUGAACAAAAGCCGCUGUUCUCUUAGGAGAUAGUUGAUGGAUCUGGGAAGAGAUCUUGGGUGUUUGAGGGUUUUGGGGGAGUAUGGCGGGGUGCUCUGCGCUGUUUCUUCAUCUCUUCUGUGAUUCACGCUCCCCUGUUUAUGCAAUUUCAUGGCGAUUCUAUCUCCUCCUUAGAUCUUUUGAUAACACUCCGUACUUUUUUUUUAUUUUUUCAGGUGGAAAUGGAGAUUCGAAUGAAUUGUCCUAACACUGAUAUGCAAAUCGAUCGUCCAUUUAUAUUGAAAGAAGAAGAAGAAAAAGAAACAUUAAGAACUUCUCUUCUAGUUCUUUCAAAAAAAAAAAAAAAAAAAAAAAAAAAAAACUUCUCUUCUAGUUUAUGCAGUCCGGACAGAGAGAUGAAAUUUGAUCAAAUGGAGUUGGCAUGGGCCGGUAUGGUUUGGUCCAUGUAUUCUAAAAAAUCCUACGAAGUACAGUAUAAAGUUUGUACCAAACUAGGGAGUAUUGAUAAGUCCAGCAUGUUCAGG